CAACUAACUACCAAAGGUAGUGGAGUGGUUUGUUUUUUUAAUCGAGUCAUUCUGUGAGCAGUGAGUUGUAUUUGGCGCGCUCCCCACUUCAUGCGCAUCGAGCGCAGCUUUUGGAAAAUCCUCAUUACUAAGGACGGCAUUCCGUUUCUCCUUCACGUUCACAUCAAACUCCCCACCCAGUUUUCACUCGGGGCCGCUUUGAUAUUUUUCUGUUUCCGAAUUCUGAUAGGUCCGAUGCCUACACGAAAGUGAUUCUGUGCUCCCUGUUUUCUACGACAUGUCUAGUGUAUUACCAAACUGUUAUUUCCAUCCGUCACUUUUAUCAAGGCCGGAGGUAAAACGCGGUUGGCCAAAUUAAUUAAGUCGAAAACAUUUUAUAAGCUUUGUUUUUUUUCGGAAGAUAAAAAAAAUAUACACAACACUUUCUAUUCUGGUCGAAAACCGUGAGUAAAAUCUGAACGUCAAAAUAACAAUGUGUUGUGCGAAUCGGGGCUUGAAUAAUUUCAAUUGCUUUUUAAUGAAAACCGUCAGUCCUGUUUAGAAAUAUCUAAAGUGUCUUAAUAUGCUCGAUAUAACCUCAGUGCUGCGGAGAUUACAUCCUCGCUCUUGACUUAUGCUUUUCGACUCGGAUUUCGAAGGAAAAUCGCUUUUCGAGUCCCGUCUCUGAUUGGCGUGAAGUGUGAAAAAGUGCCUGGUCGCCUUCGCCAAUUUCGGAACCGAGUGCGGAGCGGUCUCCUCCAACCCGCCGUUCGCCAACAGGGAAAUCGCUCUCAAGACGGAAAACGCACGAUGUGGUCUUGAUGUUAUGAUGAGCGAAAUACAACGGCCGAAACUGGCAGUCGCUGUACCUCCGGUUCAUGCUAGGCCCAACACACGUCUCAGCAACCACCAGAGGAAUCUCAGCCUCGAUUUCAGGUCUAUGGGUAUAAUUUUACCCGGUGUUAAUGUCAACCAUAUCAAUUAUCACCAAAGAAACAGGAGUCUCGACUCCGCUUUGCAGCAGAUCCCAGAAGUGGAUGUUACCCCGAGCCCAGAAGUCGAAGUCCACCCUGGCUCUGAUGACUCUGGAAUUAUAUGCGGCUCCGAGAGGACUGAAUCCACGUCCACGCAUCAUAGUGAGGAAAGCCUCGACAUCGGCAAUGAGUCAAAAGAGGCAGAUAAAGAUGAGAGCGAAGACCUGAAUGGUUCUGGAGACUGUGAUCGGUCAUGUAGCAACGAGAAAACUGAACUGUCUCUCUCUCCUCCCAGGAACACUGCAAAAGGUUUCCUGCUCAGGCUCUUCGAAUCAAAACUUUUUGACAUGAGCAUGGCCAUUACAUACCUGUUCAAUUCAAAGGAGCCUGGUGUACAAAGUUAUAUAGGAAACAAGGUUUUCAGUUUCCCCGACAAUGAUGUCGAUUUUUAUCUGCCCCAAUUGGUCAACAUGUACAUACAGAUGCCGGACGUUGCUGAAGUACUGCAUCCCUAUUUAGUCCACAGAUGUAGAGAAUCUGUUGAUUUCUCCUUGAAAUGCUCUUGGCUUCUAGAUGCAUACAGUUCAGAUGCAGCUCUUUCGUCUAAGAAGAAAUCUCAUGGCACAAAAUUAAAAAAUUUAAUAUUAUCAGGAGAAUUAAGGCCACGAGAUGCUGAACCAAUGAGGAGAGUAUCAAGACUUAAAGAACCUUCAAACACCACAAUCUCAUCCCCGACGUCUCUGACUGCCCCGGCGUUACUGAAGAAGACACAUCAUAGGUCAAGAUCUGACGCCUCAGCACUUCAGGGGCAAAGGAAAUUAGUCAAUGGAACAAACAGGGUAUGUUUAGGCGACUUGAAUUCAGGGCGUGCUUUUGACAAUGGCUGUGCAUGUUUCGACACCUGUCAAGGAAAAGUUAAUGACCUGAGAGGGAAACGAACCUUUUGUACAUGUGAUGCUCCAAGACUUGCACCAGAAUUAGAAUUGAUUAAAGCUUUAAUUAAUAUUGGUAAAGUCCUUGCAACGAUUAGUACCAAAGAAGCACGAACGACGAGGCUAAUAUCAGAAUUGACCACAUUAAACCUGAAUCUCCCGGCCAGAGUUUGGCUUCCUUUAAACAGCCAUGAACCGCAUCAUAUUGUAAGGAUACCACCUCAUGCAGCAGCUGUCCUUAAUUCCAAAGAUAAGGCACCUUAUAUACUCUAUGUUGAAGUGGUAGAGGUGGAAGAUUUAGCGACGACGCCAGUAGUUUCCAAGAGCAUGAACACGCUAAGGCAUACAAAAUCUGAGGAAAAUCUCGCUGCUGCACAUUCCGGUUAUUGUCAUUUAGAGUUGGACGAGGGGGAAUGGUGGUCUCAAGAAGACGACGAUAUAUCCCAGCAGAUUAAAGAAAUCCAAACUGGUCAAUUUUUUGAAGUUGUUUCAUUUAUCUGGAUUUUACCAAUGAGUUUUGCUUACUGCAUAGUACACGAGUAUUUACAACUGAGAAAACCAGCCGAUAGAGACACAAUAUCACAGCUGUCUCAAGAAUCGACAGAUUCUCGGGAGCCUUCCCUCUUUGCUGCUGGUGAUAUUAGACGGAGGCUCUCAGAAUCUUUACAUGAUCCGAGACCUUUCACUCAUGAUCCAGAGGACCCCUCAGCUGCAGCACUUAAGGAACCUUGGGAAGAAAAAGAAAGGCGGAUACGCGAAUGUUCACCUUAUGGAUAUAUGAGUUCAUGGAAACUAUUGUCUGUGAUAGUCAAAUGUGGAGAUGAUUUAAGGCAAGAACUGUUGGCUUCUCAAGUGCUGACAAUGCUCCAGAACAUUUGGACUGCCGAGAGGGUACCUCUGUGGCUACAUCCUUACAGAAUCCUCUGCCUUUCUGAUGACUCAGGUCUCAUAGAACCAAUUUUGAAUACGGUUUCCCUUCAUCAAAUAAAGAAACACUGCCAGCUUUCUUUACAGCAGUACUUUAUCAAAGAGUUCGGAUCCCAGAAUUCCGAAGCGUUUCUCACUGCUCAAAGAAAUUUUGUGAGAUCUUGUGCGGCUUAUUGUCUUGUUUCAUAUCUUGUCCAAGUAAAAGACAGACACAAUGGAAACAUUUUACUAAGUGGAGAGGGACACCUGAUUCAUAUAGAUUUUGGAUUUAUUCUAUCAACAUCGCCUAGGAAUCUCGGUUUUGAAACAUCCCCUUUUAAACUGACGUCAGAAUUUGUUGACGUGAUGGGAGGCCCAGGGUCAGAUAUGUUUGAAUACUUCAAAAUCCUCAUGCUCCAAGGUCUUGUCGCAGCACGAAAACACAUGGAUAAAAUCUUAAGCCUCGUCGAGAUAAUGAGGCUCGGUUCCCAGUUGCCUUGUUUCAAAUCCGGGGCAGCAACGGUACAGGGGCUUAAAAACAGAUUUCAUUUGAACAUGACCGAAGAACAAUUACAGCUUCUUGUAGAUAACAUGGUUGAGUCAAGCAUUCACUCCUUAAGUACUAAAUUGUAUGAUGGAUUUCAAUACAUAACAAAUGGGAUACUAUAAACGGGUAUUUGCAUCAUAAAAAACAUUCUUAAUUGAAAUUAGUUAAAAAUAAAACAGGAAAUAAAAGACAUGCUGAUAAAUCAAAAAAUCAUUUCUAUUGUAUUAUGACAGUUGAAAUUACAAUUGAUCCAAGUUGAAACUUUUUUUUAUAAGAAAAGUGAGGAAAUGAAUUUUUGAUUUUGAUGAAUCUAUAUUACCACCAAAUGUUUGGUAUUUUUGAAAAGGCAUUCUUUUCUCCUAUAAAUCAAAUUGAAUAUAUCAUUCAUUGGCUGGGGGUGCCCCCCUACCAAGAGAGUAACUGCUUGGCAAUGCAGUGAAGCCUCCCUCCAUAAUGCAAAAUGGUGCGCGCUCUUAAAAGUGCCUUCUUAUGAAAUUUAAAUAUAAAAAAAAAUAUGGAAAGCCAAUUAAUCUUAACCAAAAUUAUAACUAGAAGCUUGCUCCAUUGUCCAGAAAAACAUAAUCCGAUUGGCUAUAAAUAAAGGAAUUAUCAUUUUCUAAGAUGCGAAUGAUUUUAAACGAUGUUAAUUGUUAUGAAAUUAUUUUCAUCUUUUAGGACACAUUUGUUUCUAGUUAUUUUACAGUUGAACAAAAUAGUUUUACAUCAGUUCCUAAAACAUCUUCAAAAAGCAUUCCUUUGAUUGCAAGACCUAAUUUUUGUAUAAAUAACACCGUGUACAUUUAAAUUAAAAAAAUUAACUAUCUUGCCAUUGUUUAACACAUUGUUUACAAUAACUUUUUAAGACUUAUUUUCUUUCUAUGCACUGUUGCCCUGUGAGAGCUGUGUUAUUUGUUAUUAAUAUUUUUCUUUUUCGAUUAUUGUGAUUUAUGAAAGCCUAAUUAUUGAUAA